AUGUGUCAAAUUCAUAUUGGCGUUACUGUCUUCACAGUUAUAAACCUUUCUGUAUUGAAUUCAGUGCUUGCAUCAAGUUAUGAAGAAAUUCUGACAGAUUAUUUAAUCAGUCAGCCUAAUUUAUGGCUACAACCGAAUCCGUAUCCUAAUAGCUGUCAGAAUCCAUUAUCAGUCAACCUAACGUAUAAUGUUAUACAAGUAGUGAAACUUUCUCAUUCAGAUGAAACUCUCAUAAUUUCUGGAUGGUUUACAAUAAGAUGGGUGGAUUACCGUCUGAAGUGGAGACCGAGUGACUUCGGUGACCUACAAAGUCUGUUACUUUCCAGAAAUGUCCAGUUAUGGAAACCUGACUUAGCCUUUGGAAAUCGUAAGAAGCAAGGAUCAUUUCAUUUAUCCGCUAGUGAUAAUUCAUCACGCCUACAAGUUGAAUCCAAUGGCUAUGUGACAUGGCUACACGGUACAGUUUUAGAAUUGUCUUGUCCUGUGGAUAUGGCAAAACUACCAUUUGAUAAGCAAAAAUGCUACCUGGUUUUAACUACAUCAUAUAGUUCAUUGAAACAACUCAUAAUCCAUCCAAAAAUCGAUCAGUUAAGUAUUGACAAUAGUUUUAUACCGAAUGCAAAUCAUAGUGAAUGGAUUAUUGAUGAAAUCGAUUAUCAUUCUUCUGUAUAUCUUCGACAAACUAAUUCAAAAUAUCAGUAUAUUGUAAUAUCAUUCACACUUAAACAUGAACCACUAUAUUUUAUUACAUUUGUUGUUGCACCUUUCACCCUGAUUUCAAUAUUGACGUGUUCUAUAUUCACUUUGAGUUGUCCGAGUGAUCGGUUAGUGACUGCAUUAUCAUUGUUCUUUGGUGCUACUGUGUAUGUUAUUAUUGUAUCAUCGAACACACCCAGAUCUAUCAGCGAAAUACCACUGUUGGGUGUUUAUCUGCUGAACCAAUUAGGCUUUAUGGGUUUCGCAACUAUUGUGGCUGUACUCAAUAGCCAUUGUGCUCAAAUAAACAAUCGGUUAGAAUGUCUUAAAAUUCCAUUUGAGAAAUGCUUCUCAACAGAAAGGCACAUGAUAAAGGUAUUAAAAGAGUUAAAAAUGAAGAAAUCGUCCUGUUCUGAUUGUCACAGUUACGCCGAUCAUUAUUGUCAACGUCAGCGACAGCAGCACAAAGUGACAGAUUUAUAUAACAACUGCGAACUAAAACAUAAUACUGAUUUACCCUUGUCUAGUUAUGAAAACAAAAGUUAUCGUUAUUAUUUACCGUCUCAAAAAGAAGUUCUAGUAGUUACCCACUUUAUUUGUUUGUGUGUUCAGCAAAAUAUCUGUUUCAUGAAAUAA